AUGUCAUGUGUAACUAAGGAGUCGCCACCAACCAACAGAAGCAACAACAAUAAUCACAACAACAACAAGAACAGUGGUACCUGUCACACAACAAGAACAACAAUGGUAAGAGACCGGAAAGGAGGGGAAAUCACCUGGAGAGCAACAAGCGGAAACUGCGGUCUGAUGAAUAUCCCGCAGUGA